CUUAUAACAUCGUACGUGUUGUUUCCCGUCUCCUUUUUCAUGGGCGUUGAAACCGGAGACUGUCGGAAAGUGGCGGAAUUAAUAGGCGUAAAAACGUUCACCUACGAGUUUAUAGCUUACGGUAACCUGAAGGUUUUGAUAGAAAACAGACAAGCCUUGAGUAACUACACGACCUUCCACAACACAACGGACUGGUUCUGGGACAAGGGCAAUGUAGUCCUUAACAUUACUGGAGAAUUUAGCGGGAGGAUUUAUCUCGGAGAAAUCCGAGAUCAUAUCCACGUACGCCCUGUGCGGUUUCGCCAACUUUGGCUUCACUUUGUGGGGUUUAGGGAGCUUGGCGCCAAGUCGACGGAGUGA